AUGGCUAACAAAGAGAUUUCAAGCAUUCGCACCAUGAAGUCCAAAAUUACCCCAAAAACCCUGACAGACAUCAUGAAGAAGUACGAAAUUGAUCCCCAAUUUCAUCCACGUUUUCCGGAUCCUGGGAAUGCCAUUGUUGAUGCUCCGGAGGGAUUUGUCGGUGUGUAUCGGAUGUUUUUCAAGUCCGGUUUGCGGCUGCCGUCGUUCGGGUUCUUGAAAAUAGUUCUAUACUACUACAACCUUCAUAUUUCUCAAAUUACCCCAAACGGGUUUCGAAAGAUUGUAUGCUUUGUGAUGCUAUGUUCUGCCCUAGAUAUUGCGCCUUCUAUCACCAUAUUCCGUCAUUUUUAUGUUCCCAUGUCUAACAGAGAUUGGGUAUCCUUAUUUCUCCAUCAUCGCGUAGUAGAGAUCUACGAUGGUCUUCUAACUUCUAUAAAGUACUGGAAGGAAGAAUUCUUCUUCGUUAAUGACUCUGCCUUCUCUGAACCCAUGGCAUAUGGCGUUACUUUUGAUAGGGUUGUCAAUCCCUCGCCCGAAUUGUCCCUCAAAGAACAGAGUACCGCAGACUGUCUGUUGGAAAAUUUUGUCAAGUGGAUAGAUCCUAAAGAAGUGAUGCUAGACAUGGCAGGGAUAAUCUCCCAUUGGAAAAAAUUGGGGAAAAAACUACUGGAGACCCUAGCGGGACUGGAAGUUACUUUGUUGGAGCGAUUACACCGCAAACGCCUAUCGAGCUCUAUUAUGAUCACGGAGGAGGCGACCUUACCCAAUUCUCCUUUCUUGGUUGGCAUCUAG